AUGCAGUAUGUUGGCGCAGAGGAAUACAAGCGGAGGCAUGAUAAUGUUGCCAAGUAUGUACAUUGGCGCCUCUGUGAAAAAUAUGAACUGGACAAAGCCAACAAAUGGUAUGAUCAUAAGCCGGAUGGGCUAAUUGAGAAUACUAAUUAUAAGAUCUUGUGGGAUGUCAUGAUUCAGUGUGACAGGGAGAUUGAGGCCCGCCGACCGGACAUCGUUGUAGUGGACAAGCAAAAAAGAGAGGUUAAAAUCAUAGAUAUUGCAAUACCUGGAGAUGUCAGAGUAUGCGAGAAAGAGAUAGAAAAGAUUGAUAAGUACAAACCAUUGAAGGAUGAGAUUGCACGUCUGUGGCAAAUGCAGAAAAGACCUGGAAUGUACGAAGGUGUGGAUAUACCAAUAAAAAAAAUCACUCCUGAAGUAGGUGACUCAGAUAAUAUUAAAGCAAUGUUCCGAGAGGAAGUGCUGGAAAAAAAGUGUAAUAACGGUCCUCGCUUCGUCACCUUCUUGUUCACGAAUCAGCUCCUUGUGUCGGGUCCAUUUGGUGAAGCUUGUGAUGUAGGCAUGAGAACUGUAUAA